AUGUCAGCCCCUGAUCUCCCCGAAACAUUCGAUGACCUCCCCGACAAACGCCGCUACUGGCCAGCGGCCCCCAACUCCGCCGACGAGGGGCUCGGCAUGCUGCGUCUGCUCACUCCCGAGGUCGUCGCCAAUGCGGCGCGCACCCAGAUUCAGACGGGCGAGCGCGUCUGUCUAAACUGGGAUCUAGAGAAGCUGAAUCCUCCAGGCUUCCGGCGCAAACCCUUCGAACACCGCAUCAAAUGGGUCAGCGACGGAGUCGCCUUUGACGACGAAUAUCACUUCAACCCGCAACAAUCUUCGCAAUGGGACGGUCUCCGACACCACAACGCACCGGGCCCAAGCCCGGAUGAACGCGUCUUCUACGGGGGCACCACCUCCACCGAAAUCUUGGAUCCGACCUCCUCCCGCAUCGGCAUCGGCCACUGGGCGAAAAAGGGGAUCGCGGGCCGCGGCGUCCUCAUCGACUACUACACCUGGGCAAAAGAGAACCGCAACAUCACAGUCAACGCGCUCAGUCAGCAUACCGUGUCCCUCGACGACGUCCUCACCAUUGCGGAAGAAUGCGGGAUCGAGUUUCAGCGUGGAGAUAUCUUUUUCCUACGAGUUGGGUUACCAGCUACGUGGGAGGGAAUGAACGAAGAGGAGAAACUAAAGUAUAGUCAACAAGAGAUGCCAAAGCAUGCGGGGAUUGAGCAGAGUGAGCGUGUGCUGCGGUUCAUGUGGGAUAAUCAUUUCGCGGCCGUGGCAUCCGAUGCAGUCAGCUUCGAGGUGUUUCCGCCGCUGAAGCCGGAGUUUGAUCUCCAUCAUUAUAUGUUGGCGGGGUGGGGAGUGCCGAUAGGGGAGAUGUUUGAUUUGGAUGAGUUGGCGGAGACGUGUCGACGGUUGGGGAGGUGGACAUUUUUCAUCUCUAGUAGUCCGUUGAAUUGUGCGAGGGGAGUGUCCAGUCCGCCGAAUUGUAUGGCGAUUUUCUAG